AUGCCCAGGGUUAACCAUAGAUUCUGUGUAUGGCAUCUAUGGAGAAAUUUCUCAAAGCAAUGUGGCAGUUUGGAAAUAAAGGCUUUGGUUUGGGAGUUUGCUCGAUCAAGGACCGGGGUGGACUUUGAGAGAAACAUGGCGAGAGUUAAAGUCAUUUAUCAAGCUGCCUGGGAAUAUCUAGACAAGUGGCCGAAGGAAGCUUGGACGAAGGCGUAUUUCAGUGAUGUGCCCAAGUUGGAUAACAUUUGCAAUAAUGCGUGUAAAUUGUUUAAUGCAAAAAUCAAGCACGAAAGACACAAGCCUAUAUUGACUUUGGCUGAAGAAAUCAGAUGGAUUAUCAUGAAGAGCAUGAUUGAUAACCGACAAAAGCUAAUGGUUUAUCAAGGCAUUCUUCCUCCGGUGCAACAAAAUAGACUUGAGGGAUUGAUUAAGCUAUCUAGGAAUUGGGUUCCUCAUUGGUCUGCUAAUGAAAAAGAAUGUCUUUAUGAGAUACAAAGCUGGCCAACUAAUAUGGUUGGGGACUUGCGUAACCACACAUGCACCUGUAGGUUCUGGCAACUCACAGGAAUGCCAUGCAUGCAUGCAAUUGUAGCCAUACAAGAUAAGCAUGAUAAGAGGCCAGAGGAGUAUUGUCAAGAAUGGCUAAGGAUGGAAUCAUACAAAAGAAUCUAUUCUUUCAAUGUCAACCCGGUCAAGGGACAAUAUCUUUGGGAGAAAAUACCAUCCCCAGCCCCCGUUUUGCCCCCAAUUAAGCCUAAGCCAGGAAGGCCAACAACAAAGAGGAGAAAAGACAAGAAUGAGGGCCCUUCCGGCACAAGGUCAAAGAUGAAGCGAAAAUACAAUCCCAUCAAGUGCAUAUUCUACGGAGAAGUUGGUCAUAACAAGAAAACUUGUCUAAAGAAAAAAUAG